UGGUUUUCUCAUAUAGUACUGCAGUGAAGAUCGGGAAGUGCGCUGUUUGUUGGAUACAUGAUGGCGCAAAACUCAAGAUUGUUUGAGGCGGACAGUAAAUGUGCUGAUCCAAAGGACGAUCAGGACAGCACAAGAUCUUUAGAUGGUUUCCAGACUUCAUCAUCCUCACUGAAGAGACACAGGGACGGCGAUGAGGGAGAUGAAGAUCACUCUCACAGGAAGAAGCUGGUCACAGACGAAUCAUUUCACAGUCAAAAAGUGGCCACACAUUACAACAAACUUCAGGAGUGUGGCCUGGUAGAGCGUAAUAAAAGCAGGAUAGUCCACAUGCGCAACUUCAACAACUGGUUGAAGAGCGUUCUUAUUGGGGAGUUUUUGGAUAAGGUGAGGCAAAGACGGAGAGAUAUAACCGUGCUGGAUCUGGGCUGUGGCAAAGGUGGGGAUCUUCUCAAAUGGAAAAAAGGACGCAUUGAUAAACUGGUCUGUGCAGAUAUCGCUGCGGUGUCCAUUGAGCAGUGCCAGCAGCGCUAUAAUGACAUCAGACGGAGGGGUCACCCAAACGACCGCACGUUCUCUGCCGAGUUCAUCACCGCAGACUGCAGCAGGGAGCUGCUGUCGGAGAAGUUGCGAGACCCCGAGAUGCAGUUCGACUUGUGCAGCUGUCAGUUUGUGUAUCAUUAUUCCUUUGAGAGCGAGCAGCAGGCUGACACCAUGCUGAGAAAUGCCUGUGAGAGACUUCGGCCUGGAGGAUUCUUCAUCGGAACAACUCCAGAUGCGUACGAGCUGGUGAAGCGCUUGGAGGAGUCAGACUCCAACAGCUUUGGAAACGAAGUGUUCAGUGUGACCUUCCAGAAGAAAGGGGAAUACCCUCUGUUCGGCUGUCAGUAUGACUUCAACCUGGAGGGGGUUGUCAAUGUCCCAGAGUUCCUGGUGUAUUUCCCCUUGUUUGAGGAAAUGGCAAAAAAGUACAACAUGCGCCUGGUUUACAGGAAAACCUUCAGUGAAUUCUUUGAGGAGAAAGUUAAAGAUGAGAAGAACAAGGUUCUGAUGCAGUGGAUGCAGGCGCUGGAGCAAUACCCACCGGACGAGAGGGGCCGACUGGCGUCCGACAGUCCAGGGGAGUAUGAUCAUGCCAAGAGAAUAGCUGCGAAUCCUGCUGUUAGACAUCCACUGGGAACCUUGAGCAAGUCUGAGUGGGAGGCUACAAGCAUAUACCUGGUGUAUGUGUUUGAGAAAAUGUCAUGAGUCUGAGGGAUUCACUAUCGAGUUGAUGAGUGAGCCACGCUUGUGGGAUCUCAUUGUCAUCCAUUCGGUUUCCAAAAGCCUGCUGAGCGUGUCCAUUCUGCAAACCAUCAAAUA